AUGCAGGGCGGAGAGUCAAGGCGACAGAGGCUGCGGCGCGGGGCCGGAGUCGGCAAGGGCUCGGGCGCGCAACCGUCGGCGUCGGUGCCACGGAGGCGUAAGGACAAGCGUGGGCGGCGGGCGCGGCGGGCGCGGGCACGGACGGCCACCUUUUCGCUGCAGCAGUCUUUCAAGGCCGCUGGGGACGGCGAGGCGUCUGCGGGGCCUGCGGGUGGUGGUGGCGGCGGCGGCGGUGGCGGCGGCGGCGACGGCCUGCGGUGGUCGUCGCUCCUCGAGUCGUCACACGAGGCUACCAACAUGCUGGGGCGAAUUCUGGGCAAGGUCAAAGUGGCGAUGGCGAAAGGCAUUCAUCCGACGCGAGUUGCGCAGGGAUCCUCGGGAACGUACUUUGUGCGUGGCGCAUCGGGCAAGAUCCUCGGCGUCUUUAAGCCGUUUGACGAGGGGCCGUACGACAAGAACAACCCCAAGUGGCUCAAGUGGUUCCACCGCAACAUCAUGUUCUGCUGCUUUGGCCGCGGCUGCCUCCCGCCGAACCAGGGCCACCUUUCCGAGGCUGGCGCCUCCAUCGUCGACAAGCACUUUAAUCUCUCGAUCGUCCCGCACACAAGAGUCGUCUCGCUCGCCUCAGAAGUGUUCAACUACGACUACGACCAGCUGGCGGCCGUGCCGACUGCUGUCAGCCCGUAUCUCGACCACGCCAGCGACGCUGAGUCGCCGGCCCACUCACAUCUUGCAGUCCCCGGCGGCGUCUUGCCGCGUCCGUCGUCGCACCAGAACCUUUUCGACCUCGACGCCUCGUACUCGGAUGGCUCGGACGGGUGUGAGCCCGUCGCCGCCGCGCCCAUCCGCGCCUUUGACCGCGACGACUCUCUCAACGGCUACUCGGACUAUGGCGCCGAGUCGGACGACGAAGGCUCGUCAAUGACGCCCGGCCCGUCACUUGCACGCGGCGUCCGGGCGUCAGCCCCGGUCCCGCACAAGCGCGGCUCGCUGCAAGUCUUCAUGGAGGGCUACGAGGAGGCGACCCAACUGCUGCCGCGUAUGUCGACGGCGCAGCUCGCCUCCAAAGAGUUCCAGCUCCAGUUUGAGCGCCUCGUCAUCAUUGACUACAUCAUCCGCAACACCGACCGUGGCUCCGACAACUGGCUCGUCCGCGCCGACCCGCUCGGCGAGACCGACCUGGCCGGCGGGAGCCUACCAGGUGAUCCGGGCGUGUCACAGCCUCUGCUGAGCACUCCGAUGAGUGGCCCAGCGCUCGAGCCGUACGCGCCCGACGAUGAGCUCGACGGCCGGUCCAGCAGCGCACACACCGCGGCCGCGGCAUCUUCGCCGCGAGUUGCCGGCUCGUUCGGCACCCCAAUUACCGUCGCCGCCAUCGACAACUCGCUCGCCUUCCCAUACAAGCAUCCGGACGCCGUCCGCUCGUACCCGUACGGCUGGGCCGACAUGCCGCAGACCGACGUCCCGUUCUCGGCCGAGAUCCGAACCAAACUUACCCCGCUCCUCACCCACGACUCGAUCCAGCUCCUUGUCCGCAAGCUCCGCCGUCUCUUCCAGAAGGACCCCUCGUUCGACUCGGACAUCUUUGAUGCACAGAUGGCCGUCAUGCGCGGCCAACUGUACAAUCUCAAGAAGGCGCUCAAGGGCCGCAUGACACCGGCCCAGCUCAUCGCCCUCCCCACCGCCCUUGUCAUCGAGCGACCCAACGGCCAGUUUGAGGUCCGUAUCACCGACGCUCGCGCUUGCUUUUCUAACUGUUAGUGCUCGCCCCACGCUCGCCGUUCCGCAUCCAUGCAUUGGUGGGCAGGGGCAGGCGACCGCUGGCCACCCCGCAAUGAAUGGC